AUGAAUAGCAAAGUCAUUCUAGCUCUCCUGGUUUGCUUCCUCCUCAUUGCAUCCAAUGAGAUGCAAGGAGGAGAGGCAAAAGUUUGUGGAAGGCGUAGCUCGACAUGGUCAGGACUUUGUUUGAACACUGGUAAUUGCAACACCCAAUGUAUUAAGUGGGAGCAUGCUAGCUCUGGAGCUUGUCACAGAGAUGGUUUUGGAUUUGCUUGUUUCUGUUAUUUCAAUUGCUAA